GAUUUCCCACUAAGGGCUUAGCUGAAGACUUAAAAAAAUAAAAAAUAAACACACACACACACACACACACACCAGAGGAACGACGUAUAGAAGAUUACUUUCUCUCCUGCUCCACCAUGGUGUCCACAGUUCUUGCUGUGACACUGUGUGUCACACUCAUGCACAUUCAUGUGACUACAGGUGCAGCCUUUCUCACUCCCGAUUCUGAGGCUCCUCCCACUAUGACUUCUAAUCCCCGCCUCCUGGGUGAGUUGAUCCAUGCUGCGCUGAUGAGUAAGAAGUAUCUUGGCCAGUCCUCUGGCAACAUAGGCACAACUACUAACCCGACCCAGGCUGUCCCGUCUGUUGAACCUGCCUUCACAGUAAUACCACCAGGUGUUCUCACUACUGCCAUGACCUCUUCAACUGCCCCCCAAUCUGUCCAAUCAGGAGGGAAGGGCGGUAUAACAUCACCACCGGCAGAGGAGGAGACAACAACGACUUUGAUCACCACCACAACAAUAACAACAGUUCACACACCAGUGCAGUGUAAUGCUAGCCUGACAGGCAUAGAGGGAAUAGUGGAGUCUCCAGACCAGCUCUCCUCAUCAGUUCCGUUUUCUCCACUGGAAUGCACCUAUAGCAUCACUGUAUAUCCUGGAUAUGGGGUGGAAAUACAGGUGAAGAAGGUGAACUUGUCCAAGGAGGAGUCUCUGACCAUUCUGGGACUGGAUGGCUCAGUACCUGAACUUUUAGCCAAUGAGACAAUGAUCACUGAAGGUCAGGUGAUACGCAGUACAACAAAUCAGGUGCAGAUUCACUACCGAAGCCUGAAGCAGACCAAUCAUGGCAUUUUUACCCUUCACUACCAAGCGUUCCUCCUCUCCUGCCCAUUCCCUCUCUCUCCUGAGGGGGGUGGAGUCACUGUGACUGACAUUCACCCUGGAGGUCAGGCUCACUUCCACUGUGACCCCAGCUUUCAGGUUAGAGGUCACGAAAUCGCCACCUGUCUGAACUCCACCCGACCCCACUGGAGCACUCCUGAGCCUCAGUGUAUUGCUGUGUCUUGUGGAGGAUGGAUCAGAAAUGCUACGGUGGGCCGUAUCCUCUCUCCCACUGUUCCCUCCAGCAGUAACCUUAGCAAUAGCAACUUGAGCUGCCAUUGGUUGCUUGAGGCUAAGGAGGGCCACCGUCUACACCUCCAUUUUGAAAGGAUGGCUUUGGAUGAAGACAACGAUAAACUAAUUGUCCGCAGUGGGAAUAAUUCCAACACACCCCUUCUUUUCGAUUCGGAUCUGGACGAUGUUCCGGAGCGUGGGAUUGUGAGCGAAGGAUCAUCUCUGUAUCUGGAGCUAACAGCUGACUCUUCCACCAUCCCUCUACUGAUGGCACUUCGCUAUGAGGCUUUUGAUGGUGAGCACUGUUAUGAACCCUACGUCCCUCAUGGGAAUUUUAGCAGCAGUGACAUCACCUUCCCUAUCGGUACGACGGUAACCUUCUCCUGCUCUCCUGGAUUUGUCAUGGAGCAAGGGUCAGGGGUCAUGGAGUGUGUCGACCCCAGUGACCCCCACUGGAAUGAGAGUGAGCCUGUGUGCAAAGCUCUAUGUGGUGGGGAGCUGACAGAUGCGACAGGAACUGUGCUGUCUCCUGAUUGGCCACAGAGCUACUCCAAGGGGCAGGACUGUGUGUGGCAGAUCCACGUUAGUGAGGACAAGAGGAUUGAGCUGGAUGUGCAGAUUUUGAACAUUCGUCACAAUGACAUUCUCACCAUCUUUGAUGGGCAUGACCUCAUGUCCCAUGUGAUUGGUCAGUAUUUGGGGUCACGGGAAAGGUUCCGGGUCGUGUCUGGUGGCUCAGAGGUCACUAUUCAGUUUCAGAGUGACCCAGAUGAUUCCACCUUCAUCCUGAGCCAAGGCUUCCUGAUUCACUAUCGAGAGGUAGAGCCUAAUGACACAUGCCCCACUUUGCCACCAAUUGAAUUUGGCUGGAGUAGCUCUUCCCAUGUCUCACUUGUGAGGGGAAGUGUAAUAACCUAUCAGUGUCAACCUGGCUAUGACAUUGUGGGUUCUGACAUCAUCACCUGUCAGUGGGAUCUUUCCUGGAGCAACAGUCCACCUACCUGUGUGAAGAUCCAGCAGUGUCCUGACCCAGGGGAGGUGGUGAAUGGAGCACGCUCAGUGCACCCAGAGUUAGGCUUUGCAGUUGGAACAGUGGUGCGCUUUACCUGUAAUCAAGGCUACCAGCUGGAGGGCCCUAGUCAGAUCUCCUGCCAUGGCAGAGACACUGGCAUGCCAAAAUGGAGUGACCGUAGCCCCAAAUGUGUCCUGAAGUAUGAUCCAUGCCCAAAUCCUGGUGUGCCAGACAACGGUUACCAAACUCUAUAUAAACAUAGCUACCAAGCCGGGGAAACUCUGCGCUUUUUCUGUUACGAAGGCUAUGAGCUGAUUGGAGAGGUCAUCAUCAACUGUGUCCCAGGACACCCCUCUCAGUGGAACAGCCCACCCCCUUUCUGCAAAGUGGC